AUGUCUUCGUCUAAAGGGAAAUCUGACUCUAAGGCUCCUGUGUACCAAUAUGAUACCCAAUUCUACUGCUUCAACGUCAUCUUCCUGGUAGAAGACACGCUCUUCAGAGUCCCUAGGAAUGCUCUCGAGAAGAACGAAGAUGGACCAUUCGCGGGCUUGUUCACUCUUCCUUCUGGUGGAGCCGAACCAGAGGGCUCUUCGGAUGCAAAUCCCAUCAGGUUAGAAGGAAUAACCGCAUUCGACUUUCGUAGCUUCCUCAAAGUGAUCUUUCCACUGCCACUGACCGAGCCUACGACGCUUUCUAUGGAAGAAUGGACCUCCGUCCUCAAACUCUCUACAAUGUGGUCUUUCACAGCUCUCCGUGCCAUGGCCGUCACCCAACUAACCCACCUCAUCCCCAAAUCACCCGACCAUCCGAUCCUGCUCGUCGUCCUCGGAAAAGAAUUCUACGUCUCGAAAUGGCUCCUCGAAGGCUACACUUCCCUCGCCAUGCGCGACACCCUUCCAACCGAGGAAGAGCGCGCACGUCUCGGUGGGGAUACGGCAUGGAAACUCGCUGAGAUCAGAGAACAGAUAUAUCCGCUGAGGACGAGGAAGUCACAGACGAGGGCUCCUGCUGGGAGUUAUGGGAGUGGAGCUGGGUAUAUGAGUGAGCCUGGACGGUACAGGUUUGAGAAGGAGAUCAGGGAGAGGUUUAAGGAUGAACUGGUUAAGGAUGAGGCUUACGAUCCUCGGGAGAUAGCGAAUGAUCCUUCGUCAGUGUUCCUCCGACCUCAGUCGUACACAGGCCUGACGGUGAUGCUUUAA